GAAGAAUUUGACGGAGACGGUACAGCACAAGAUGAUGAGGAUGGCGAUUUGGGUAUCGAAUCUGAUGCUCAGCUUUGCGGGUCUUUUAGCUGGAGGCUACGGUACUGCAGGCAGCAGACUUCCCGUCGCCCUUGUCCACGGCUCAUCUCGACCCCGGUUUCCAGCAACUCCUCAGAAACACACACAUACAACCCUCGCUUCGAUCUUCGACGUUUCCGCGCUUGUCCGACACCUGCCAUCCGCUCCGUUCAAACCCCAGCUAUCGGGCAACAACUCCUCGCCCAAUGUCUGCGACUUUUGAGUUUGGCCCUACUGCCCGCAUCGUCAACGUCCAUCUGCUACAUUACAGUUCCUGCUUAUGAUUCUCAACCGAAUCUGCGACCGGAGAGAGAUCAAGAGAUGACCACGCUGGGAUUCCCGCUUGACGAGGUGCCUCGCCGCGAGGAGUUGCAUGAGAUGGAAGGG